AGUGCCAUCCACAAAGCAAACGCACAGUGGCAGGCUGUGAAAGAUUGUGUGAAGAGUGUGUUUCGUGAAUGUGUGUCUGACAACGUAAAGAGAACCAAAGCCCAUCAGUUGGAAUGGACCACAGUAGCAAUAACACCGCAAUCGAGGAGCGUCUCGAGAGCACCUGAGGGAUUACAACUCCAACUCGAGAAGAAGUCGUUAAGGUUUUUACUGCCCCUCUCAUUGCGCGCCCGGUGGUGUUAACGCGAAAACAGGAACGAGAGUAAACACGUGAAAUAAGAAGGUUCCAAUUCAGUCCCAGCCUUCCCGAGUUUGGCGCCGUGACACAGAAAAAAAUCAUUUCUGUGUAUUUUUAGCAUCCUCUCUUUUCCCUAUCCUCCCAUCUUUUCCUCUCUGUGUGGAGAGAGAGCAGGGGACGAACGGACCGGGUGACACAGCUGCGAGUCUCACGCCUCUCCGGUUGAUCUCUGUGGAUGUGUGAUGAUGGAUUAACUGUAUUUAACGGGGUCCCACGUAUCUCCGGUACUUCACUAGACCACCGCCGCCAGCUCUCGUCCCUCCCCCUGGGAGCGCGUGGCAGAGAUCCCUGCCAUACUUUCUGUGGAUUACUUAAACUGUCUUUGGGAUUUUUCUCUCCUGGUAGCACUCGCGAUGACCGCGGAAUAUGUUUUACGGUCCCUGCUGAUGCUCUUCCUCGCGCUGCUCUCGGCCAACGCCAGUAACUGGCUGUACCUGGCUAAACUGUCGUCGGUGGGCAGUAUCAAUGAUGAGGAGACGUGUGAACGUCUGCGAGGACUCAUCCAUAAACAGGUGCAGAUCUGUAAGCGCAGUGUGGAGGUGAUGGAUGCUGUGCGGCACGGGGCUCAGCUAGCCAUAGACGAGUGUCAGUUUCAGUUCCGGAACCGCCGAUGGAACUGUUCCACACUGGACACCAUGCCCGUCUUUGGCAAGGUCGUCACACAGGGCACUCGGGAGGCAGCCUUUGUUUAUGCCAUCUCAGCAGCCAGUGUGGCGUUUGCUGUGACCCGGGCCUGCAGCAGCGGAGAGCUGGAGAAAUGUGGCUGCGACCACAACGUCCACGGAGUCAGUCCAGAAGGGUUCCAGUGGUCAGGCUGUAGUGAUAACAUUGCUUAUGGAGUGGCCUUCUCUCAAUCCUUUGUUGAUGUGAGGGAGAGGAGUAAAGGACAGUCCCCCAGCAGAGCACUCAUGAACCUACACAACAAUGAGGCCGGGAGGAAGGCCAUUCUGAGCCACAUGCGUGUGGAGUGUAAGUGUCAUGGCGUGUCAGGUUCCUGUGAGGUGAAGACCUGCUGGAAGGCCAUGCCGCCAUUCCGCAAGGUGGGUAACGCCAUCAAGGAGAAAUUUGACGGCGCCACAGAGGUGGAGCAGCGCAAGGUGGGCACCACCAAGGUCCUGGUGCCACGGAACUCCCAGUUCAAACCUCACACAGACGAAGACCUGGUCUACCUGGAGCCCAGCCCCGACUUCUGUGACCACGACCCGCGCACACCAGGCAUGCUGGGUACGGCGGGGCGGCAGUGUAACCGGACGUCGAAGGCCAUUGACGGCUGUGAGCUGAUGUGCUGCGGCCGGGGCUUCCAGACAGAGGAGGUGGAGGUGGUAGACAGGUGCAGCUGUAAGUUCCACUGGUGCUGCUACGUCAAGUGCAAACAGUGCCGCAAGAUGGUGGAGAUGCACACCUGCCGGUGAUCACCAUGGAAAUCCCCAAUGGAGACCCAAACAAAUGCCCCAUCACACCCCACUCUCUCCUUUCUCACCUGCACAGAAGGAUGGGAGGGAGGGAGAGGGGGAUGGUGUUUGUGGUUGACCUUUUCCCCAUUUCAAAACCAUCCCUAUUCCUUUUACAAUAGACCCCGGGAACAGACAGACAGAGGUGGACAGAGGACAUGGGCAUUCCCAGUCAGUUCAUACAAUGUUAAAGGAAAAUGACACACAUGCACGGGAUGUAUAGAACUAAAAAUAUAUAUAUCCCAACAGAGUACUUUCCCUCUCUUCAUUUUGUCUCACACUCGGUUGAUUUACAUUGUUUUGGUUGCUUUUGUUAUAUCUUUUAUUCAUUUUCUUUUCAUUUUCUUUUUUAACUUAUUUGACAUUGUUGUGAGCGAUUCGGGGUGGAUUCGGUGAGGGGAGAGUGGACUGCAUGGGAGAGGGACUGAGGGUGG